AUGCUUCCACCAAAGUUACCAGAUAAGUCUUCUUAUGACUGGCAGAGUAUACCUGAAAGUCAGCGUCAGUUGUAUAUUCAGCAGCUUAGGACAAAUUCUCAACUUCAGCCUCAAAUUAUAAAUAAUCUUUCGGCCCAGCAGCAGCAAAAGAAAAAAACAACGAGAAAGAAAGGGAGAAGUAAAGGUAGCUCUGAAGAUGCGAGCUUUUCCGAGGAUGAAUUAGAUCCCAUCGAAGAUAUUCCAAGCGACGCACCACGUAGAAGCGUUAGAACACGAGCCAGGAACACAUACGCUGAAGAUGAAUCAGAAAACGAAGGGAAUAAUCCAAAUCCAGCCCCAGCGCAAACACACAAUCAAAAAGGCCCUACUAUCGAUAAAAUUUUAGGCAAAACUGUACCACAACCCGGCGGUCAACAAUUACUCUGCAAACUUCCCGGCCAAGCUUUCUCUCAUUCCCAAUAUUAUUCCGAUUCUCAAAUACAAUCUAAUCCCGACAACGCUCAAAUUCUUUCAAAAUACAACAGCAUGCAAGAUUCUCAAGACAGUGUUCUAUCGGACGUUACACCUUUUAUUUCUGAGCCAAUUUUCAACCGGACAUCUGUAGAUUGUUUUAUAAUAGAUCAUAUAUUGGACCACCGACAGCAAGGAGAGGCUAAUACCGUUCCACUCGAAGCUUUUGAUAGCACGCAUUACAUUCCUGGUUAUCCUUUCAAACAAACACCAAAUUUCGAAAAUAUACUUGCUUACGAGAAGCCACUCAGGCCACCCGACGGUUUUUCAAACUCAAUACUCGAUGAAUACGGAAUUAUAAACUUGCGCGGCGACGACACCGUUAAUAAUUUAACGAAUGACGAGGAAGAAGAAGAGGAAGAGCUUGCGCCGAUCGAGCGUCCCGCAAACCCGGAGUACCUCAUCAAAUGGAGAGGAAGCAAUUCUCCAACAUGGGAAGAUUCUUCAACAUUGGCCGGAGUUGGAGAAGAGCUUUUCCACGCUGCGAACUACGAAGAAUUCAAUAACUUAGCUGACAUUUACUGGCAAAAUCUCAUACAACGUAGAAAAAAUCGAAAAAACGCCAUAGAUCAAAUCCAAUCUUUUCCUUUGAUGGAACGAGGCAUCGAACUUACAUCUAAACAGAAAGAUACAAUCAACCGCAUUAUCGAAUCAAAAAAUAACAAAGAUCUUAAAAUUAGUCUCACAGAAAACGGCUCCGGAAGGGUCGGGGCAGCGCUUAGCUUCCUCCACUUAAUCAAGAAACUUCAAAAUUACAAAGUUACAGCACUUAUCAUCGUUGAUAAGUAUUUAGUCCCGGUAUACAGUGCCGGAUUACGAGUAAUGACCUCGCUAUCAUACAGUGAGUUCAAGGAUGAUGUAGAAUCCAGAGCUGUUGUCCGGCAACACCAACUUUUGAAAGAAUAUGGACCUUCUAUUGACGCUCUCCUUGUUUCUAAGGACGUUUUCGAUUUGGAAGGUGCAUCUCUGGCAAAUAUAAAGUGGAAUUACAUAAUCGUUGACUCUCUUAAUCCGCCAAAUUUAUCAAGUUUUGCAGCACCGUUCAAAAUCGUUAUAGAAAACCGCAGCGAAACAACUACAGACUUCUCAUACACGGAGCAUGCUUUUUUUGUCUCAAACGCCAUCUCCGGACAGAUUCACGACAGAUUAUCAAAAUUAAUGAAACUCCGAAACUCCAGAUCACAUAUUCUCGCUGAUCCAUGCCAAUUAUACCUUGAAAUGACCAAAAGUCAUAUCCAUCCCUUCUUAAUUGGCCCAAUGGAAGAUAUAAUAAUCCAAAAGUUCAAAAUGCGUUUCAACAUCACUGUUCUUUCCCAAGAACAACACAGUGACCUCUUUUCCUCAUCAUCUGCCAAGGUUACGCAUCUUACAGACCUAAUUGACAACUCAAAAAUCACAAUUGUUGUUUGUGACAACCAUUCCAUGCUCAGAUUGCUCAUGUCCCACAUGGAGAAGAAGAAUAUAAAGAGCGCUAUCAUCAAUUCACCAAUCAGAGAGGAACAAUUCCCGGAUAGAUUCCAUUCCGGAGUUAUUUUCAUGACAAGAGACUUCAGUUCACCUAGACUGACCAACAUUGUCCCUUCAAAAAUUAUUUUCUUCGAUAUCGGACAGUCAAUUUUAUUAGAUAACAGUUUAGUCAGAUUUUUCUCAAGAAAGAACCAAAAUGUCGAAGUAUACAGAAUGGUAACUGAUAACUCGUUGGAAGCGAUCUUGUAUUCUAAGUAUAUUUCGGAUUUUAAGUUCAAUUAUCAGAAUAUUUCAAUGGAAGAGAUGGAAAUCUACCUCAGAGUCGAAGCAAUCACAACUCAGCCGACAAUUAACCCAUUGUCAAUCGUAAAUCACGACAAAAUGGACUUCAAAAUGCCUUUCGACAAAAAAUGUUUUGAGAUAUUCGGAAAAUUACUCGACAAAGUCAAUGAACCGGACUUCUGGGAUACUGUAUUCUCACAUAGAAGGGUGCAGAAUAUCAAAACAGUAACAUGGAAGCGUUCUGACGCUGUAAAAGUACUCGAAUAUAUGGAAUCGAAAGGUUUCUGCGAUUUCGAAGAGAUUGCUACACAGAUGGGUAAACAACAAGAUGAGGUAUACACGUUUGCUCGCGCUGUGUUCUUGCAAUUCAUGACUACGAUUGAUAAGCAGUCAUUAGUACAUUACAACCUUGCCAACGCCAUUUUAUGGUAUGAGUAUUACACCACUCCAUUUACAGAUCAGUUUGACGAAGGUCCGAGCUUCUGGCAAGAAUUAUCAGCAGAUGAGCCUACAUUACAGACUCCAGUCUUUACAAAGCCUGUUUUCGCAAGGCAGAUAAACCAGAGAAUGAAGUCCAUACUCGAGAGAAUCGAAGAAGUCUGGAUCAUCCAGACAUUCUUGAAACUUCAUGAAGAACCUUAUUUACCACCGAGAUAUUUUGAGACACCGAGUCACUUUUUGUUUGAAUUUUUGAGAGCAUAUUUGGACAGUGGGGCAAACUAUGCAGAAUUAGCGAAAAGGAUGACUAAUUUCAGAACAGUUGAUAAAGAUAUUGCCGCUAAGAUCUCAGUUCCGAUUGUAAAUGCCAUUACAUCGGAUGUACUGAGUAUUGCGAUGCACGCGAAGGAGAACGACUACGCAAACGACAGAUUCAUGAAGCCGAUCAUCCUAGCGUGCAGAAAUGGCCCAUUCUCCAAAGAAUGGUCAAAUAAGGAAGUAUCAAUCGUAAUGCAAGUCGCAGGCAACAACUACAUACCACAAUGCAACGGAAUGAAUGACUGGGCAGAGUUCAGAGCUAUCGGGCGCCUCAUUAUGAAGUCACAAGACAUGAUUCAACCGUUUUUCAUGAGUUUUGACGAAUGUUUGAGGAAACCGAAGCGACCAGACGACACAGUACUGAUCACCCCUGAAAUGCGAAACUGCCCAAUGGAUUCCGGAAGCUUACCUCUCGCGAAAAAUAUUGUCGACAAUUACAGAAUGAUUACGAACCAAUUAAAGCAUAUCAGAACACUCGCUACAGAGGGAAUAAAGCAUUUCAUACGCAGCGGAGACCUUCCUGAGAAGUGGGACGCUGAAUGUGACUAUGCCUUAGUUACAGGAGUCGUACAGUUCGGAUUCCAGGCCAGAGAAAAACUCGGAAGGAUCGUACCGCACUCAUCGCCCAAUUACUUGGACAUUCCAAUGGCCAGGCCUUUGGCAGAUUUCCAAUAUUACCUUGGCCAACAAGGGAAGUGCCUGAAGAGGUUACAGUUCGUCAUUAUGAAUAAUGUUCCGAUCAAAAGACAUAUUAGUUUCUUCGAAACUGCAAUUCAUCGUGUUGAAUUUCAGUUUCCCGAUUAUCAGAAGAUCGCUUAUGAGAAAAUGCUUCAGAUGCAACGCGCCCAUCAACAGAUCCAGCUCUUGAAAGACCAAAAUCCAAAUAUUUUCAAAAUUAUUCCGAGUGGUCACAAAACAGCGAAGCAAGAAACGAAGCCAGCGCCUCCUCCUGCAUCCAAAACACAGAAACAGACAGCUCCGCCCCCUCCGAUUCAGCCAAUUGCCCCAAUUCCGCCUCCUCCACCUCCUCCACCGCCGCCACCUCAAGAAAACGAGAGUUCGAUCUUCGGAAUCUCACCAGACUUCUUCGCAGAGCUCCAAAAGACCUCGCUGCCGCCUCCACCUCCUCCUCCGAGUUCAUCAUCAAAUUCAAACUCAUUCAGAGGCCCAGAUGUACCUAAUUCCUCGUUUAACUUCCAGCCUCCUCCACAGGCACCACGAUUACCAACUCCUCCGGUCAUUCCUGCACAGAGUAUGUUCGCAUUAGCCCUCAGAUUCCCUCCUCCGCCUCCUCCACCGCAACCAUCCCCACAACAGUCGAUGUCGCCACAGGUUGCGUCGAAAAUUCCUGCAAAUAUGGGUGGAAAGUCGACAUCUUCAAAAAUUCCAGCGAAUAUCGGAACUUUCCCUCCUCCACCUCCUCCACAACCGGUAAACAACAACGAUAAUGAUAACAUGCCUUCGAUUUUCGGCAUUGAUUCGUCAGAUCUUCCGCCAUUUCUUCCUGCGCCUUUGCCAAUCGAUGACAAGAACAGAUCUCCACUCAAUUCAAAGUUUCCUAACCAAGACUUACCUAAGAAAAUGGUCUUUUUGCCAUGA